AUGACCUUGGUCUCUGCGACCCAGGUUAUGCAAAGGCCUUCGAAUUACAAGGAUGCCCCUCAUAAAUACCCUCAGGGACAGUCUGUUCCUCGUAUUAUCCACAAGAGGUCCGGAGCUAAGGCCAAUAUUGGGUACUUCACCAAUUGGGGUAUUUAUGGCGCGAACUUCCAGCCUACGGACAUUAAUCCUGGCCCUCUGACUCACAUCCUCUACGCCUUUGCCGAUGUCUCACCCGAUACCGGAAACAUCACUCUCACCGACAGCUACGCAGAUGAGCAGAAACACUUCCCCGGAGACUCCUGGGACGAACCCGGAAACAACCUGUACGGCUGUCUAAAGCAGAUGUUCUUGCUCAAGAUGGCCCACAGAAAUCUCAAAGUCUCUCUCUCAGUUGGAGGAUGGACCUACUCUCAGGACGGCCACUUCAGCUUUGUGACCGACGCGACCAAGCGCCAGACCUUUGUCGAGAGCGCCCUCCAGCUCAUGGAGGACUACGGCUUUGAUGGUCUCGAUCUCGACUUCGAGUACCCUAGUUCGACUGCACAGGGUCAAGGUUUUGCUGAUCUGAUCACGUCACUGCGGUCCGCCUUCGACACUUACCAAGCUCAGAAAGGGGAUGCUACACCCUACCUGCUCACCAGCGCGGUUUCUGCCGGUGCAGCAAACUACGAGUAUCUCAUCGUUCCCCAAAUUGACCAGGCGCUGACAUACUGGAAUCUCAUGGCUUACGACUAUGCUGGAUCAUGGCUUACCUGGGCUGAUAAUCAAGCAAACCUCUACGAUGGCGCCCGUACCAAUGUUUCCACGGACGCUGCUAUCAAGUGGUACCUUUCUCAGGGCGCCACUGCCGGUAAGAUUGUUAUGGGCAUUCCCCUCUACGGUCGCGCUUUUGAGGACACUACUGGCCUCGGUGCCCCUUACAACGGUAUUGGCCCGGGUACCAUCUCUCCUGGUAUCUACUCCUACUCGGACCUUCCCCUCGCUGGCGCCCAAGUCUACGAAAACCUCACGGAUGUCAGCAGCUACUCCUAUGACCCGGUUAAGAUGGAGCUUGUUUCUUACGACACUCCUACCAUCGCAAGCAUUAAGGCACAAUAUGUGAACACCAACAAUCUUGCCGGCAAUAUGUUCUGGGACCUUUCCACUGAUAAGACCGGAACGCCUGACUCGCUUGUCAGCACCACAGCGAACGUUUUUGGUGUCCUUGAUCAGACUCUAAACCACCUUGACUACCCCAACAGCAAAUGGGAUAACAUCCGGAAUCAGAUGGGCACCGCCCCUGGCAGCUCGCCCACUUCGUCUUCUACAGCCCCCACUACGACACCCACUGGCGGCUCCGGCUCCGGCCAGUGCGCUGGCGUGGCAGCUUGGAGCUCCAGUACCGCCUACAACGGCGGUCAGGCCGCUGUCUAUGGGUCGCACCUAUGGACUGCGAAGUGGUGGACUCAGGGUGACACCCCCGGCGGAUCAGCUGGUGUUUGGACUGAUGAUGGUGCAUGCUGA